GGCGAAUUGCGAGUGUGCGAACAACAGUUGUAUACAAAUAUUCAACAGAAGCGUAACAAACAGUAUUUGCUACAAAUAAAACUUGCCUGUUUCGGUGAAAAGAUAUUGAAACAAAUUGAUUUUUGGAAAAUAAUCAAAAACUAGGGAAAAGAAAAUGGCUACAAUUCCAGCAAUCUUGGGUUUGAUCAACGACAUGGACCGUCUCACCACGGCCAUUUCACCAUACUACCACCAACCCUAUCACUGGCCCAUGAACCGGCAGUUGGCUUUGGGGAAACCAGAGAGGACCGUUUCACCGCUAGUGGGUAAAGAUGGUUUCCAAGUAUCGAUGGAUGUCGCCCAUUUCAAACCUAGCGAAUUGAAUGUACGAGUUGUAGACAAUAGCAUCGUUGUGGAGGGUAAACACGAAGAACGUGAAGAUGAUCAUGGCUACAUAUCACGUCAUUUUCUUCGUCGCUACACAUUGCCCAAGGGAUAUGAUCCAAACCAUGUGAUGUCAUCGCUUUCAUCCGAUGGUGUACUAACGGUUAUGGCACCAAAGCCACAAUUGGAGGACAAGUCUAAUGAACGUCAUGUGCAAAUCCAGCACACUGGUCCUGCACACUUGAACGUUAAGGAGAAUCCCAAUGAGGAGAAGAAGAAUUGAACAAUUGCAAUCGCAUUAUUUACAUCAUCUAUUGCACAUUCCUAAAAACAUGCACGCAUAUACCAUAACCUCGAGCGGGUCUGGAGUUUAGUUCGUUCAAUCGGAGUAGUAUUAAUAUGUUUGAAGUAGCUUUUUCUAUUCUUAAUAUAGUUUGUAGUUUGUACUGAAGAAAAUAAAUACCUUUUUUGUUACAAAAAAAAAAAAAAAACA